AUGCUGGACUUCUUUUGUAUCUACCCCAUGUGUUUCGACGAUCGGCGAUGCAACACGAGAAUUGACCUGGAUACCGAUCUACUAUCCUUUCCAGAUCCAGUCGCGACAAGGAAUCCUGAUCCUCCUGAAAGCUUUCUGGUGCAAUCUGACUAUAUGCUGGAGCCCAUGGUGACAAUGACGCCAGACAUUACAGUUAUGGAGAGCGGCUCUUGGCCUGGGCCAUUACCUUGGUCUUCGUCAUCCUGUAUCCCGACAAAGCGGACUUUUCACCAGAUGAAGUAUGGGAUCGAAGAACCUUUAAAGUACACUGAGGAAUCGCCAUCUAGCCGGCCAUGCCCACCGUCAGUCAUGGGUGGGUCUACUUUGCUGGAGACACAUGUACUCCCAUUGCCAUAUUGGAAAGUUGAAGUUGGUGUUAACCAUCAUGAAGAGAAUAUUCAAGCAAGGUCGCCUCUGCUGGCUCCAAUUCCUGAGGAAAUCCCAGAAGAUCCUGAAACCGAGGAGCUCAAAAUACUGAGAUCAGAAUCUGCAAUAUCAUUCACUGAUUUCGAAUCCUCGACUUCAACGUGGGAUCCUGUACCAUCAGCUCCAAUGAACUCCACCACACCAGUCACAGCAGGAGAUGGCAGCUCUAGCCUCCUAUCAACUACGCAAUCCCUUCCGGUGACCUUGCUAGAUGACACUGGUGAUAACGAAGAUACAUCUUCUGUAGCAUCAAUAACCGAUCAUUCAGACUCGGUAUUUGACGAUAGGGAAUCAGACAACACAUCUAACUACACAGCCUCAUUGCUGUCAGAUGUGAAAAACUACACCUACGAAAAUGGACGACGCUAUCAUUCAUACCGCGAAGGGCAUUAUGUUCUUCCAAACGAUGAACCAGAACAAGACCGCCAGGAUCUACUCCACCACGUCCGGAACCUGGUGCUCAACGGGCGACUUUUCCGAGCCCCACUGCACAACAACAUCCAGCGAGCUCUUGACAUUGGCACUGGAACGGGAAUCUGGGCGAUUGAUUUUGCAGAUAGUUUUCCUAGUGCCGAGGUAACAGGCACCGAUUUGAGCCCCAUCCAGCCUUCGUGGGUCCCGCCGAACCUUCGCUUCGUGGUGGAUGACGCCGAAUCUCCAUGGCUGUAUAGCCCAGAUCGACCAUUUGACUUUAUUCACGCCCGCGACCUGGGUGGUGCAAUCGCCGACUGGCCACGGCUAAUUCGACAAAGUCAUGAGCAUCUGCGUCCCGGUGGAUGGAUUGAAUUACAGGAGUUUGAAGUAAUGCUCAGGUCAGACGACGAUUCAAUCCAUCUCGCACCGGCGUUGUGCGAAUUUCUUGAACGACUGACCCAGGCCAGCGAGGCCUUUCAUCGACCUAUGAAUAUCGCCGAAGGACACCGGCAGCGGUUAAUCGAGGCUGGUUUUGAAGAUGUUCGAGAUGAAAUGUACAAGGUGCGACCCACUUUAGCCCCUGGUCGUCUGUUUAAUAUGUCCCUCUUGGAUUUUGCUUCCUGUUUGCCUUCAUCCUAA